GUUUUGGAAAGACUCUACUCACGGUCGCCAUUAUUCUCCCUGGCUUGACAGACGGGAAAAGGACGUUUAUUUUAGUUUUAUGAUAUAUUUCUAAGUGAACGGCACAUCUGAGACUCAAUACGUGAUCGGGUUUUGGUUUACUGUGGGUUUGCAAACCAAGCUCGUGGGUGCAGAAUGGAGAGGCGGUCCGAGGGUCUGGGUGUGGGAGGAUCUCUUCCCCUGUCCUCCCUCCAACUGAUGGUAUCCCCCCUUCAGCUGACCUACUCCUACAUGUGGCAGGUCAUCCGGCAGAAAGAUGUCAAGCAGUACCACAAAGUGGAGGAGUUUGUUACCGUGGUGACACAGACCGUCCCAGAACUUAUGAGCUUCAAGCAGACCGCCCAGUUGGUGUUGGGUUUGAGGGCCCGGAUCAUUCUGGAUCUGCUCCAAAAGGACGGCCAACCAGAUCCCCGCACUAUUCAGACUCUAAUCAACAAGCUGCAGUUGGCUCCGCCUUCAGGGGAUGCAGAAGUGGAAAAAUGUCAGACAAACUUCAUGGUACUGGUCCAGAAUCUGCUGAAAAGCCCCACAGAGAGGAAACACUUCUUUAAGGAAGUGUUCCCACUUCAAUAUGGCACCAAGUUCGACACGGCGCUGCAGACGCUUACCGCCGGCUUGGUCUGCAAGUUGGAGCAACUUCUUCCUGUUCCCAACCUCUCCCAGCUGAGCGCCAUGAUCUCAUCAGAUCCUGCGGUGCUGCAAGCGUGUGGAGGCUUUAUGCCUGAAGGUGCCCGCCUGAAGAGCCUGCUCCUGUACCAGCAGUCCAAGGGGCUCCUCUCUGGUAAAGCAACCAUCUCAUCUUCAGUUGGCGACUGUGUGUUAUCCUCGCUUUCCUUCCGACCCAAGCCCGUCGAAGCGCCGCCUCCGAAGCCGCCCGUGGCGAUCCCUCCAAUCGUGAGCCCGCCAAACGCCGACCACGACGACCCAGGCGCCAUAUCGGACGAGUCUGAUCGCGUGGAAGCCCCCGUGGAUAAAGCGGCAGAUAGUGAAGCUGCGGUGGUCUCUGAUGACCAGCCAGACCAGGAGAAAAGCGCCCCGCAGGAGCCGCCCGCUUCUGCCACGCCGCUAGCGGAAGCCUCUAAUCGAACCCCCCUGAAGCCCAUCCCCUUUAGGGUGAUUCCGGUUCCUAUCAAAAAGGUCCCAGCCUCCCCAAGUACCACCUUGACCAAAGACGGACAAAAGACUCAGAGAGUCACCCUGCAUCAGUGGGUGUCUAAGAUCGCCACCAACACCAUCUCUCUCCCGGCUCUUCCGCCACUCCCCCCUGACAGGCUGAGCCACGACGACUACAGCAGACCCAGCAUCAGAAGGAAGAAGCAGAUCAAACCGCCGGCCGACAGGUUCAACUGCAGCAUGUGUGACAAGAGCUUCCCCUACCAGUCCAAGCUAGUGGACCACGAGCGCAUUCACACGGGUGAGAAGCCCUUCGUGUGCACGUCGUGCAACAAGAGUUUCCGCACCCAGGCCUUCCUCAACAAUCACCUAAAGACGCACAGCACGGCACGGCCGUACGCAUGCGGCCAGUGCGGCAAAUGCUUCGCCAAGCUGCAGAGUCUGAGCAAGCACAUGCUGGCGCACAGCGGCCAGAAGCCGUUCUACUGCGACGUGUGCAACAAGGGCUUCACGCAGUCCACGUACUUCAAGCGGCACAUGGAGUGCCACACCAGCCAGAUGACCUUCCCCUGCAAGCACUGCAACAAGAGCUUCCCCACCGCCUUCAAGCUCGCCAACCACGAGCGCUGGCACACCAGAGACCGCCCGCACAUGUGUGAGCGCUGCGGGAAGCGCUUCCUGGUUCCCAGCCUGCUGAAGCGACACAUGGGCUACCACAUCGGAGACCGCCAGUACCUUUGCUCUCAGUGCGGGAAGACCUUUGUCUACUUGUCUGACCUGAAGAGGCACCAGCAGGACCACGUCCCCAAAGCAAAGAUCCCCUGCCCGGUGUGCCAGAAGAAGUUUUCCAGUAAGUACUGCCUGAGGGUCCACCUGAGGAUCCACACCCGAGAGAGGCCGUACCGCUGCUCCAUAUGCGAGAAGAGCUUCACCCAAGUGGGGAACCUGAAGGUCCACAUCCGCCUGCACACCAACGAGCGCCCGUUCAGCUGCGACGUGUGCGGCAAGACGUACAAGCUGGCGUCACACCUCAACGUCCACAAGAGGACACACUCGUGCAAGAAGCCCUGGACCUGCGACACGUGCGGGAAGGGCUUCUCGGUCCCGGGCCUCCUGAAGAACCACGAGCAGGUGCAUGCCAGGGAGGCCGACCCGGACUUGGCUGCAAAACGCAGGCACAGGAACAAGCAGAAAAAACUCUCCCUCAAGAGGAAGUACGACGAGGAAGAGGAGGGCAUCGAUGAAUACUAAACCUCUUCUUGCUUCUUAAUCUUAACAAUAUUUCUCACUUCUUUUCCUUUUUUGAUGCAAUUAUGGAACAGAAUAGUAAAAUCAUUUUAUUUGUACAAAAUGUGAUAACCAUGAAAAAGAUAUUUGUAAACGUAAUCAUUAUUCACUCAAUAUUUGUUGUGCAUGUGAUUGUGUCAACUUUGCAGCAUUAUUAGUCGACCAAAUAUACUUAAGUAUUUGACUUCAUUAGAAUACAAUUUAACAUUGUGCAAACAUGCCUUCCAGUCUUACCAGCUGUGUUUUCACAACAAUAAAAAGUCGAAACUUAAAA